UUCUGCGAACUUUAACCUCGAAGUUUUGAAAUAUCGGUUUCGGAUUCAGGUGAAAGCGAACUUAAGGAGGAAUCUAUAGGGUUUGGGUUUCAGCAGAGGAGAUGGAUAUAAUGGAGAUCUCGAUUUUACAUCAUGUUGCAAUUGUGCUUGUUUUGAUUUGGAUCUUGACUUCGUUCAGUUUGAUUCACCCUGUCGUUUACUUCAUAUGCUUGAUCUAUCUCUAUCAGGUUCAUGAGCGGUAUACUAUGAGGUUGCGGAGAAGAUUACGAUUCGAGGAAUGGAAACAAGCAAAUCAGAAAAGGGUACUUUCUGAUUCAGAAACAGUGCGAUGGUUGAAUCAUGCAAUCGAGAAAAUCUGGCCUAUAUGCAUGGAGCAGAUUGCAUCACAGAAACUUCUUCUUCCUAUCAUACCUUGGUUCUUGGAGAAGUACAAACCGUGGACUGCUAGGGAAGCAAUGGUUCAGCACCUUUACUUGGGAAGGAACCCACCUAGGUUCACAGAUAUUAAGGUUCUUCGCCAAUGUGAUGAUGAUCAUUUGGUUCUGGAGUUGGGUAUGAACUUUCUCUCUGGGAAUGAUAUGAGUGCGAUAAUUGCUGUGAAGCUGAGGAAAAGGCUAGGAUUUGGCAUUAGGGCUAAGUUGCAUGUGACGGGCAUGCAUGUUGAAGGGAAGGUCUUAGUUGGUGUGAAGUUCCUUCGUGAGUGGCCUUUUCUUGGACGUUUGCGGGUCUGCUUUGUUGAGCCACCUUAUUUCCAGAUGACGGUAAAACCCAUCUUCAAUCAUGGACUUGAUGUCACAGAACUUCCAGGGAUAGCAGGGUGGCUCGAUAAGCUUCUUGCUGUUGCUUUUGAACAGACACUUGUUGAGCCCAAUAUGCUGGUUGUUGAUGUGGAAAAAUUGGCUUCAGCACCAACAGAAAGGUGGUUCUCAGUGGAUGAGAAAGAUGCCAUUUCUUAUGCUAGAGUUGAAAUUGUGGAAGGAGCUGACAUGAAGCCAUCAGAUCCAAAUGGAUUGGCUGAUCCUUAUGUAAAGGGACAGCUUGGCCCUUACAGAUUUCGAACGAAGACUCAGAAGAAAACUCUUAAUCCAAUAUGGCAAGAGGAAUUCAAAAUCUACAUACAUAUAUGGGAGUCUCCAUAUUUACUAAAUCUUCAAGUUCGUGACAAGGACCACUUCGUUGAUGAUACCCUCGGAGACUGUUCUGUAAACAUCGACGACCUAAGGGAUGGGCAAAGGCAUGACAUGUGGCUGCCUCUGAAGAACAUUAAAAUGGGGAGGUUGCAUCUAGCCAUCACUGUGGUUGAUAUCAAUGGAAAGGGAGAAGACUAUACAUGUGCCGAGGAACCAUCAAAGAAGGACGGACAUAAAAGCUUUGUUGAAACUGAAACUACUCAGAGAGGUUUUGACUCAAAUAGAUCAUCUGAAAAGUCUCAAAAAUUUGCAGAUAAAUUUGAUCCCAUCAAUAUUGAAGGGCAACAACAGCCUGGAGUAUGGAUUUGUCACCCAGGGAGUGAUGUGUCACAAACUUGGGAACCUAGAAAAGGGAGUAGGCACUCUGAGACCCAAAUACAAUGUGAGGAUAAUUGUUCCAUAGGCAGUGCCAUUUCAGCAGCAACACAGUCCUGCAAGGAUUAUAGUAGCAGCAGUGAUGAAAACCGAGCAGGAAGUAGACCAAAACCGCUGAAGACAGUUCAAAAGGGCCUACAGAAGCUCGGUAUGUUGUUUCACAAGAGUCCUAGAAAGGAGGAGCUUAUCAACACAGGUGAAGAAGUUGUUCACCCACCACAUGUCAACCUUCCAGCAGUAAAGAAGGGUACCGGUGUGAAACUUGUUGUGGAUGAUGAAGUUCCAAUUCCAGUUACUGUUGAAGAUCCAAGUGCAGAAAAGGAGAGCUUAAGUCCUGAUGGAAGUGGCCCUGAAACCCCAGGGAAGGGAAACAUGAAAGGCAUGGCAAAUAGCAUUCUCAAGCAUGCUGGAAAGUCUGCUCAUGGCCUAAAGGAUGCACUCUCAAGGAGACUAUCGAACAAAUCUAAAGGGGAUCCAGAAUCAGUUUCAGGAUCUAAAAGGGAAUCAGGCUCACUGUUGACUGAGAGACACACUAAUCAGGUAUCUGACUCCUCUGAUGAGGUAUCUAAUACCUCUACAAGGGAUUUCAGUCACACACCUAGAUUUGAUGGGAUCCCAAUUGAUUCAACCUUCACAUUGGAACAUGACACAGAAUUCCUGGAUUUGAAGGAUCAAAAUGCUCAGGCGGGCCAUGGCGACUCCCCAACAAACUCUUUUCCUAUCAUGGAGGUUUCUCUCAAUGAUAUAAAAAAGACAAAUGUUGACGAGACAAAAUGCUCUGAUUUGCAUGGUGGAAGAUUAUAGGAAUCCUUGGGCCUGAAACCCUCUGAAGCUAACUUGGAAGCAGAGAAAUUAUAGAAUAUGCUUGGUGAAUCCAUAGUAAUCUCCAAUUUUCUUUCAUUAUGGAUGUGUAUACUAAUCUCCCAUUUCAGUUUUCCAUAUCCGCUUGCCUGAUGGAGUGGUGGAUCUUGUACAUACAUGGGUGGAUACUUUGGGACUUGUAGGAAUGAUCAAGUUUGCCUUCUUGUGAGAA